UGAGUGCACAAGACUAAGGGAUGGGGAAGACACGAUGUAAUGCCAUGCACAGGAGAGCAAAUGACUGACUGCAGUAGAACAGAUUUGCUGAAGCUGUCCUGGAAGUAAAGCAAUAUCCAGUGAAGAGGCAGAAAUCAACCCAAGGGGUACCACAGAAAGGCACAAGCAAGGACACUGGUCCUCAGUUCUGAAGGGCAGCCAAGUUUAAAUAGACGGAAACUGACGCAAGGAAGGAGUCUGAGCAGUCAACUCCUCAGCUAGCCAACUCUACACUGUGAUGGCUGUACCAUCUGGCCCUCUGCAGGUGCUUGGAGUGCUACUCACCAUUUCCCUGAGUUUCAUCAGGUUCAUUCAGGCUGGUGCUUACUAUGGGAUCAAGCCACUGCCACCUCAGAUUCCUCCUCAGAUGCCACCACAAAUUCCACAAUACCAGCCUCUGGGCCAGCAAGUACCUCAUAUGCCUCUGGGCAAAGAUGGCCUUGCCAUGGGCAAAGAGCUGCCUCAUUUGCAGUAUGGCAAAGAGUAUCCACACUUACCCCAGUAUAUGAAGGAGAUUCAACCAGUGCCAAGGAUGAGCAAGGAAACAGCACCCAAGAAAGGCAAAGCAGAGAUACCAUUAGCCAGUUUACGAGGAGAACAAGGUCCCCGUGGAGAACCUGGCCCAAGAGGACCACCUGGGCCCCCUGGUUUGCCAGGUCAUGGGAUACCUGGAAUCAAAGGAAAACCAGGGCCACAAGGCUAUCCAGGAGUUGGAAAGCCAGGCAUGCCUGGAAUGCCUGGGAAGCCAGGAGCCAUGGGAAUGCCUGGGGCAAAAGGUGAAAUUGGACCCAAAGGGGAAAUUGGGCCUAUGGGAAUUCCAGGACCACAAGGACCUCCAGGACCUCAUGGACUUCCUGGUAUUGGGAAGCCAGGUGGACCAGGAUUACCAGGACAGCCAGGAGCAAAGGGUGAACGAGGACCCAAAGGACCACCAGGACCUCCAGGCCUCCAGGGACCUAAAGGAGAGAAGGGCUUUGGGAUGCCAGGUCUGCCAGGUCUGAAGGGCCCUCCAGGAAUGCACGGCCCUCCUGGCCCUGUUGGACUGCCAGGAGUGGGAAAACCAGGAGUCACAGGUUUCCCUGGGCCUCAAGGGCCCCUGGGGAAGCCAGGGCCUCCAGGGGAACCUGGCCCACAAGGACCUAUCGGGGUACCAGGCAUUCAAGGACCUCCUGGUUUGCCUGGACUUGGAAAACCAGGCCAGGAUGGGAUCCCUGGCCAGCCAGGAUUUCCAGGUGGCAAAGGGGAGCAAGGACUACCAGGAGUUCCAGGACCCCCAGGCCUUCCAGGAGUUGGGAAACCAGGUUUCCCAGGGCCCAAAGGUGACAGGGGCAUUGGGGGUAUUCCUGGGGCUCUUGGACCCAGAGGAGAGAAAGGACCAGUAGGUGCUCCUGGGAUAGGUGGUCCUCCAGGAGAGCCAGGCCUGCCUGGAAUCCCUGGCCCUAUGGGCCCUCCAGGUGCUAUUGGUUUCCCUGGGCCCAAAGGAGAAGGUGGGGUUGUAGGGCCACAGGGUCCACCAGGUCCUAAGGGUGAGCCAGGACUUCAAGGCUUCCCAGGAAAGCCAGGUUUCCUUGGUGAAGUAGGACCCCCUGGCAUGAGAGGUUUGCCAGGUCCCAUAGGGCCUAAGGGUGAAGCUGGCCACAAAGGAUUGCCAGGGCUCCCUGGUGUCCCAGGGCUGCUUGGACCCAAGGGAGAACCAGGCAUCCCAGGGGAUCAAGGUCUCCAGGGGCCCCCAGGUAUCCCAGGAAUUAUAGGCCCUAGUGGCCCUAUUGGGCCACCUGGAAUUCCAGGUCCUAAAGGGGAACCAGGCCUUCCUGGGCCCCCUGGGUUCCCUGGUAUAGGGAAACCUGGAGUUGCUGGACUUCAUGGGCCCCCAGGGAAGCCUGGUGCCCUUGGUCCUCAAGGCCAACCUGGCCUUCCAGGGCCCCCAGGACCUCCAGGACCACCUGGUCUCCCAGCUGUGAUGCCUCCUACACCACCCCCCCAGGGAGAAUAUCUGCCAGAUAUGGGGGUAGGAAUUGAUGGCGUGAAACCCCCACAUGCCUAUGGGGCUAAAAAAGGUAAGAAUGGAGGGCCAGCCUAUGAGAUGCCUGCAUUUACCGCAGAGCUGACUGCACCCUUCCCACCAGUGGGGGCCCCAGUGAAGUUUGACAAGCUGCUCUAUAACGGCAGACAGAACUACAAUCCACAGACGGGCAUCUUCACCUGUGAGGUCCCUGGCGUCUACUACUUUGCUUACCAUGUUCACUGUAAGGGCGGCAAUGUGUGGGUUGCUCUCUUCAAGAACAAUGAGCCCAUGAUGUACACAUAUGAUGAGUACAAGAAGGGUUUUCUGGACCAGGCAUCCGGAAGUGCCGUGCUGCUGCUUAGGCCAGGAGACCGGGUAUUCCUGCAGAUGCCCUCGGAACAGGCUGCGGGGCUGUACGCCGGGCAGUACGUCCACUCCUCCUUUUCAGGAUAUUUAUUAUAUCCCAUGUAAA